CGUCUCGAAAAAUCGUCGGCAUGGCCACUUUCUGCCGGAUAAUCGCGAUGUGCUGCACUCUACGGGCCAUUACGUUGAAUUGUUUACCGUCGACGCGCGCUACGACCGCGACGAUGCUUCAAGCUUCAAUAUGGCCGAUAGUGAAGCUACAGGACUGUACAGGACCAUACAGGACGAAGACGAUUACAGUGUGUGUACUCGCGGUUGUGAUAUUUUCGGAAGGUAUUCGCGCAUUGUAAAGACAAAAAUAGACAACAAUGAACAUGUCCGUGGAGAAGAAGAAGUACCCGUCGGCGUUACCAAUCAACUGGCCCGCGAGGGAGGAACCGUCGAGAAAGAGCCAGAAUCAGUUGGCAUCCACGGGGAAGGUUGAUUAUUAUUACAAACAAACAUACGGUUUCUCAAACACCGAGGACUCGGUAACCUUGGUGACAGCUAACCUCUCACUAACGAUGCGGCUUCUUUUUAGCCGCAGUGUCAGGAACGACGCGUCGUUAGUGCCACCGAUCAGGCAGACGGCAUCGAUUUUUAAGCAACCGGUAACAAUCUACAAAACGCAGGAGGGGAAAGUGAAGGAUAUCAAACACGGCACACAAGAGAAGCCAAAGCAGGAAGGAGCCGAUAAAACUGAUGGCAAGUAUGGCUCCCAAGAUAAGCCUAAGCAGCUUUUCUGGGAAAAACGUUUGGAAGGUCUACGAGCAUGUGAUUCCGACGGCUAUGAAUUUGAUGCGAUGGAUCUGCCAAAGAAUUUGAAACCAGUGGGACCAUAUAUCACGGAAGAGACAUUGCUCCAAAGUGUGGCCACUGCAUUGCAUGUAUCUACUCAACCAGUUACAGGACAAACAGGAUCAAAAACAGCUUUAGAGAAGAAUCCCGGCGUGUUUCUCAAUCCUGAUCAACCACUUGUACAGGCGGUUUCGAUAGCAGAUGAGGAUAUAAGGAGGCAAGAAGAUCGAGUGGCUGUCGCGAGAAAAAAAUUACAGGAUGCUCUACGCGCUCUUCAAACCUAAGUUAUAGAGAUUUUAUGCAUAUUAUCACUUGCUCAUUUUUUAGUUUUAAGUUCGUUAUAAAUUAUAUAUCAUACCACUUUUGUAAUAAAUGUUUUUAUAAAAAAGGUAAGUGAAAAAUGGAAAUCUAA